AUGCCGUCCCCCACGCCCAAUGAAUGUAAGCUUACCGUUUCAAACGGAAAUAAUAUCGGUAAGGCUGCUAAGCUUUACCGUAAUAUUGGAAAAGAUACGAAAUCACGAGUCAGCUCGCCUAGCAACGGCGUUAUGCGGGAACCGGCCAUCACCACGAUGAAUGGUGCUCCCGUUUUGAAGCCAGCAUCCACUCAGAGAAUUGGUAAUCAACUUAGAGCCACUCUUCUACUUCAAGAUAUUAAUCUCUUGGAAUUAAUUCAACAUAUCACUCAUGAGAGAAUCCCGGAGCGUGUUGUCCACGCCAGAGGCACUAGCGCUUAUGGAUACUUUGAGGUCACAGAUGAUAUCUCAGAUGUCACUUCCGCGGCUUUUCUUAACAAGGUUGGAAAGAAGACCGAACUAUUCUGUCGAUUCUCUACUGUAGCUGGUCGAGCAGAAUCAGCCGAAACUGUUCGAGACACUCGUGGAUUUGCCUUCAAGAUGUUCACUGAGGAGGGUAAUUUAGAUUGGUUAUUCCUUAGCACUCCUGUCUUUCCAAUUCGAGAUGGAGCCAAAUUCCCAUCCUUCACCCAUGCAACUAAAAAGAACCCACGAAGUGGACUACCUGACCACAAGGCAUUUUGGGACUACUUCACUCAUAACCAAGAGGGAAUUCACUUCCUCAUGUUUUUAUUCAGUGAUCGUGCUACACCAGUUGAUUUCCAGCAUGCCAACAUUUUCAGUAUCAACACGUACAAGUUCACCAAAUCAGAUGGUUCUUUCACAUAUGUCAAGAUUCACCUCAAAACUAACCAAGGAGUGAAAAACUUCACGCAGGAUGAGGCAAAUCAAAAGGCUGGUGUAGACCCAGACUUUCAAACUCGUCGCCUUUAUGAAGAUAUCGAAAAUAGAAAGUAUCCAUCUUGGGAUGUUUAUGCUCAGAUUAUUGACCCCCUUAAGGCUGAGCAUUAUCACAUCAAUAUCUUCGACGCUACUAAAACAUUCCCAUUCUCAGAAUUCCCUCUUCGCAAAUUCGGUAAAAUUACAUUAAAUAGAAACGUGGACAAUUUCUUCGCCGAACAAGAGCAAAGUGCUUUCAGUCCGACAAAUCUCGUUCCUGGUUGGGCUUUAACUCCUGACCCAAUCAUUCAAACCCGUGCUCUUGCCUACGCAGAUACGCAAAGAUAUCGCCUUGGAGCUAAUUUCAUUCAAUUGCCUGUUAAUGCUCCACACAAUAAACCAUUCAAUCCCGUCAUUCGGGAUGGAGCUGCUGUUAUCAAUGGAAACCUUGGUGGUACUGAAAAUUACUUUCCAUCAUCUUUCUAUAAUGUUGGAGUGGCGGCACAAUAUGCACAACCUGAUGAGGAACAAUUUCAAGGGACUGUUGUCAACUUUGAGAGUCAAGUUGUUGAUGCAGACUACCUGCAGCCAAGAAUAUUUUGGGAGAAAACAUUGGCUAGCGAGCCAGGUCAACAAGAUAACUUCAUUAGUAAUGUUGCGGGUCAUUUAAGCGCUGUUACCGGAGAUAAGGGAAUUCAGAUUAGGCAAGCAGUUUAUGCAAUGUUCGGCAAGGUCAAUGCAGAUCUUGGAAAGCGUAUUCAAACUUCAACUGAGGCUACGAUCAAGCAAAAUGAGACAGGUACUAUGACCAAUGGUAUGGAAAAUGUCAAAAUCACCAAGCAAAAUGGAAUACCAAAUGGUAAUAGCCAUAACAGCGAGACAAGAUCUAGAGGCUUUGCUGCCAAUGACUGCCCACGACCCUGUCAUGCUGGUGAAUAG